CCAUGAAGACUAACCAAAUUUACAAACUAAUAUAUGGUAGGUAGUUGGAUUUUCUAAAUCUUCAUUGGAAAAAAUAAAAUAAAAUAAAGCAUAAUAUAUGAACUAAAAGUCUCAUUUUUACACUUGCCAAAUGCUAAACCACACAACACAUAAGCAAAAAGCUACCAAGAAAAGCAAUUCAACACUCCCUCCAAAUUUAUUGGAACGAAUUUCCGAUCCUUGAUUUUUUAUUAGUGUUUUUCUUCUAUAAAAUCCCACUUGUCAAUUUUAUUUUCUUCAAAAAUAAAUAAAAGUAAAAGCUAAUGAACUUUCAUUAAUGGAGUCUCAUUAUUCUGAAAACCUCUCGACCACUGUAUUCACUCCUCUUAUAAUCUCAGCCACAGGCAUAGUGGCCACCACCAUAGCCAUCGUAGUGUACCACUUCAUAGUGGUUCGGUUCUGUCUGACCCGAGCCCGGAUCCGAGAAGUGAUCGACGGUUCAGGACCCAUUAUUGGGCAACCCAAAGGAGGGUUGGACCCGGAGAAACUGAAGGCGAUCCCUAUCCUCCAUUACUCAACCAAACCGGGUCAACCGGGUCAAGUACACUUCCGGGUCGAGCAGAGCGAGUGCGCCGUGUGCUUGGGGGAGUUGGAGGAGAAGGUCUUGGUUCGACUCUUGCCCAAUUGUCGUCAUGCGUUUCACGUUCAAUGCAUCGAUAAAUGGUUGUCGCUUCACUCCGACUGUCCUCUCUGUCGUUCGCUCGUUUACCCGAUCCGGAGUUCGCACGUGUCGUUGCACGUGGAAGAUCCCGUAUCUGAACGACGUCGUUUGCUUCCGCUGAUGCCUUUGAUUUCGCCUCUGCGUCGUGAAGAUAAGAGUCCUCGUCGUUUCGUGUUGAAAAGGUCUUUAUCUGUGGAUCCAUCUCAUGUUUUUCUUAACAUAUUACAAAGAGAAUGUGAUUAUUAUGACCAAUAUAGUAAUUAUUAUUAUUAUUUGAACAAAACGACCAGUUCAGCGGUUUUAUACAGGUCGUUUUCGCAAAUUCAACCCAACCAGGUUAAUGGUACCUGUAGUAAUAGUAGAACUACUUGCUUGGUUAAUGUUGGAGAUCCCAUUCCUUGCAGCUUAUAAAUUUGGUUAUUGAUUGAGUGAGGCUAGACAUAUUAUUCAAAAUUAUAUUUGUACACAUUAUUAUUAUGAAACAAUUUCUUCAAUCAUACAAUUUUUUUAAUGUAGUUAUUAAAUUUGGUGCAUAUUUCUUAUCUUUCAUUGUUUUAUAUGAUUUAAGAUUGGAAAUAUUUGU